AUGAACACGUUUUCCAACCCGGCGACGCCCGAAGAUGGCGAGCCCAUGUUGCCCCAGGCUUCUGGAGAGCAGGGCAGUGGUCGCCGCUGGCGCCUCGCAGUGCUUGCUAGCGUUCUGGCGCUCGCUGGCGUGGGACUUUUGGCCAGGCAAGCGGCUGUGGAGGCGCCAAGAGACCCCGACGUCGGCGCUGUGGAGGACGCCAUCGCUGAGCACAGCGGUGGCUACACGGAAGGCCACAAGUACACGAUUUGCAACCUUGAUGUAAAGAAAUGCUUUGCGCACGCCGCAAAAGACGGCGAGAUCAGAUUGGUCGACAUCGGGCACAAGGCUUCCGACUUCUUUCUCAAUGGGGCUGAGACGCACGUCGCUGUGGCUGCGGGAAGCGACGCCCGCUGUGCCCAGCUUCCCAGCGCCGACGCGCAAGCUUUGGUCGUCGGCAGCUGCGUCGAGGCGAAUCGCUUCCAGCUCCCACCUCUGAACAUGAUGGGACAGAUCAGGCUCAGCGCUCAACCAGAGCUAUGCCUCCAAGCUUUGGACCAGGAUGGGUCACCUGUGGUGAAGUCCGCCCUGUGUGGGCUACCCGGCACUACCUGGGGAGUCGGCGAAGAUGUCCCAGAGUACGAGCCCGGCGUCUUGUACAAGCUUUGCAACAAAGCCACGAACAUGUGCGUCAGCAACUGCCACGGCAAGGGAGAUCACAAGGUGUGUGAUUUCGAUGGGGCCGCCACGCACAUGACUGCGCGGUCGGAGGCCGCAAGCUUCCUGAUCAGACCUGUCAGGACGUCACUGGACGUCACCCCGCUCCAGCUCGCAGAUGAUUCGAAAGGAAGGUUCUGCCUCCAGGUGCAGAAGUUCAGUAUGGCAUGGACUGCGCCCCUGGAGUUCCGGCCCUGCCAGCCGACGAAGCAAAACUUCUACCUGCCGAUGCCCGCGGAGUCAUCUCACAAAAUCCGGUGGGCGUUGAAUGAGAACCGGUGCCUGGAGGCCAAGGACGGCAACGUCGCCACAUCCCGAUGCCGAUGGGGAUACCAGAUGAUUGAUGAGCAGAGGUGGAUCCUG